AUGGGCUCCUCGAGGGGAUUUUGGAUCAUAGAAGAAGCGGCAAUUGUGGAAAGUAUGAUGCGAAUUGUUCUCGCCGAACAAGUGUUGAAGAAUACUGAAUUCUCCAAAGUUGUCACGCCGAUUAUCACGGACCCAUAUUAUAACUCUUUUCAAUCCGAUACAGUUCACGCAUCAACGAAAUCUGGGAUCAGACUUGCAUUCCAUAUUGAAUGGCACACAAAACCCAAAACUCUCACCAAUAAAACACGAAGGGUCACACUCUGGUCUGCGAGACUUCCUUACCAUUUCCUAAGGGAGAAGAAAUCCCGGUCUUCAGAGGUCCGAACUCUGCGUUGGGAUGGGUAUAAAUUGACCUUUGUGACUGACUCGAGGACAAUAGUACAGAUGCGCAUGUACCGUGAGAAUGAUUUGAUAUUGAGCAGCCGGCCUUAUAAUGUGAAUUCUGGCGAUCAUGUCACGUUAACUUUCUGGGGAUCCAAGGAAGUGUUGGUCCAUCUAGGACAUACUUCAUAUAAUGAUUGUAUGAAAGAAGCGCUUGAAGAUACGGAGUCGGUCACACAACGUAUGAUAGAGGUGGUUCGUUGCACCAUCAAGGAUGAGGCGCCGGAAGAGACGGCAGGUGAUCAACAGGUAGAUUGA